AAAGUUACUCUAGCUUUAUUUUCAUCAUCCCCUGUUGAGUUUCAUUUACAAUUCACAGAUUUUUAGAUUUGACAAGUUCGACGAGUUUGAUUUGGGUUUGGAAAAGAAGAUUCCAAGUUUUCAGAUUUGGAAUGCCAAGGGGAUUUGCAUGAAUGACAGACAAAAUUGGAGGACAUGGUGGCGACCCUAUGGAUGGAACUUUCACCCACCAAGAACAAAUGGACUCCAACCAACAACUGCCACGACAGCAUUACCAGUUCAAGCUUUGUUUGCCUGUACCAAAGCUAAAAGCUAAGAGCUUUAGGGCUUCAAAAUCUGUUAGGAGCUUGUGCUACAGACCUAUAGAGUCAAAUAGGUAUUGCUUGCAAAGGUUAGAGUGUAGUGGGAUGAUAGUUAACAACUCUAUUUUUUGUGCUUCACCUGGUCUUUUUGAAGAAGAGAAAGCUGAAACGGAGGGUUUGGUUGAGAAAAACGAAAGCUUUGAAGAGAAAAAUGAAAGCUUUGGUGAAAAUGGGGUUCAAAUAGGGACAUUUGCCGAGUUGGUUGAAGAUAAGGGUCGUGAAAGUAGUUCAAGUUCUGAUUUUUUGACAUCAGAAACAACGGGGCACGAGGAGGUACACAGUCACAGUAGUUCUGAAGAAGAUUCAGCUUCACCACCUUCAUUGGGUUGGCCUGUGCGGGAAAAUGCUGAGACAGAAGACUGCACCAGUACUAAUAGCAGUGAAGAUGGAGAGAAACCCCCCUUGGAUGAUAGGAAAUUAGAGAAACAAGGCUCCACAAUUUCAGAGAUUGAGUUGAUGAAGGAAAGAUUUGCAAAAUUGCUGCUUGGAGAAGAUAUGUCUGGGUGUGGAAAUGGUGUUUGCACAGCCUUGGCUAUUUCAAAUGCCAUCACCAAUCUUUGUGCCACGUUAUUUGGGCAAAUAUGGAGGUUAGAACCACUGCCGUCUGAGAAGAAAGCAAUGUGGCGAAGAGAGAUGGAAUGGCUCCUUUCUGUUAGUGAUCACAUUGUUGAGUUGAUACCCUCGUGGCAGACUUUCCCAGAUGGAAGCAAGCUUGAGGUUAUGAGCUGCAGGCCCCGAUCAGAUCUUUACAUUAAUCUCCCUGCUUUAAGAAAAUUGGACAACAUGCUUCUUGAGAUAUUAGAUAGCUUUGUCAAUGCAGAGUUCUGGUAUGUUGACCAAGGGAUUUUAGCCCCAGAGGCUGAUGGAACAACCUCUUUUCGAAAAGCCCUUCAGCGCCAAGAGGAAAAGUGGUGGCUUCCUGUUCCUCGAGUGCCUCCGGGAGGCCUCCAUGAAAAUUCAAGAAAGCAGUUGCAGCAUAAGCGUGAUUGCACAAACCAGAUCCUAAAAGCUGCCAUGGCUAUCAACAAUAUUACUCUAGCUGACAUGGAAGUCCCUGAAUCAUAUUUGGAAUCUCUUCCAAAGAAUGGCCGAGCCAGUUUAGGAGAUCUCAUUUAUCGCUAUAUUUCAUCGGAUCUGUUUACAUCUGAAUGUCUUCUUGAUUGCCUUGAUUUGUCCUCUGAGCAUCAAGCUAUUGAGAUUGCCAACCGAGUGGAGGCCUCAAUAUAUUUAUGGCGCAAAAAGACCAACUCGAAACCUACCAACAACGCUACCCGGUCUAGUUCAAGGUCAUCAUGGGAAUUGGUCAAGGAUCUGAUGGUUGAUGUUGACAAGAGAGAAAUACUUGCAGAUCGAGCAGAGAGCCUCCUACUUUGCUUGAAGCAACGGUUCCCUGGUCUGCCCCAGACCACUUUAGAUAUGAGCAAAAUUCAGUGUAACAAGGAUGUAGGGAAAUCCAUUCUGGAAAGCUACUCAAGAGUUUUGGAGAGCCUGGCAUUUAACAUUGUUGCACGUAUUGAUGAUCUGCUCUAUGUUGAUGACUUGACGAAGCAUUCAGAACAAUUCUCUUCACUGUCCAGAGUUGGUGUAAUCGGUCAGAAGAGUCUUUCAAUACCAUACUCAGUGCCCUUUUCAAGCACUCCUUAUAGAACAGCAUUUACCACCCCAAGCUUUUCUCCAGCACAGGAAGUUAGCCCUGCAAAGGGAGAAAGAUCACCGUUUAUCACGAGCAACAAAAUUUCACAGCGUGGGAUGGGUGUGAAAAAGAUCUUGACAGAUUAUCUUAGUAUUGAUUUAAGAGGGAAGGAAUACACUAAUCCAAAUGAAGGAACGGAAUCAGUUUCAAGCCCAUCUCAAGAAACAUCUGUAUCUUUUGAAUGUCUAAUAGGCCUACAAAAACAGGAGCCAGUUCAAGAGAAUGAGGCCUGAGGUUGCACACCAUGAACCAAUUUCCGGAGACAGCAGUCUUUCACCUACACUUUUGUAUCUUUUAUUUUUAUAUUUGGUAGAAAUAGGAAUGGCGAACAAUUACCCUGUUAUUCGUGCUUCUCAGGGCAUCAUUUAUUGUCUCAAAGUGGCGUAACAUUUUGUGGAUCAAACGUAGAAUAUAACUAACUGUUACUCGUCUAUAUCCAUAUAAACUUGAAAACAAAAAACGUGGAUGUUCAGAUCUCAGUGUCAGUGGUGACAUCCAGAAACUUUCCUUCUAUGUCUAUCCACUUAUCGACUUUUGACGACUUUGCAUUUGCGCGAACGGCCAUUCAUCUUGAUUUGUCAUAUGUUAGAUUAUUAGCAGACUUAGGGUUUUUGGGCUCGUGGGGUUUGUUUUACCUCAUCUUCCAAAUGAAGUCUAGGCCCAUGCUACAUCUGAGGAUUUUUGCGUGCAGGUAAAUCUCCUAAUUGCAUUUACUGAGGAAGGGAAAUUAGAAACGCCAACAAACUCACUGCCAGGACAGUCGAGUAAUUCCAAAUAUUUUUCUCCGUGCCCUAAAUGCGUCUUUCUUUCAGACAUAGCAAAUUAUUCUAUCUUCUAGAGCAAUUUAUACGAAGUAUAGAUUUUACUUUUGCAAUAUCUAAUUCCUAGAGCUCAGCAAUUGUAGUUUUCUUCUGAUAAUAAAAGCUAGAAGUAAAUUGUUUUAAAAUGUACAAUAUCAUAUCAUAGCUUUAAAAAGAUCAAUAAACAAUGUUGAUAGAAUGAAACUCCCUCGAUUGGCCUGACGGCAGUAUCAGCAGAUUACACCUAUAAAGAUGGAGUGGUUGAUUGUAAGUUGAUUACACGUAUCCACAAAAAGGUAGCUUUAUUGGAGCAAGCACUCUGUGAUCCCUUGUAGUUGGCAAUGGAGUUUCAGAAACAGCGGCUGAAGUGGCUAAAUGGCAAGAUUUUUUGAGUUUUUUCACAGUCUUUGAGAUGAUUACAGAUGGAGGAAUACAGAAAGGAAUGAUAAUUGUUGCUGCAGACACCUAACUUUGAUUGGAGUAAACAAGAAUUAGGUAAUGGUGGCACAUUUUUCUUAAAUUAAAGUGCUACAAUAAUAAAUUUGUCUGUUCUUCUAGUGCCUGCUCCAUUACCAUUAGUGGACUGGUGGUGCUAUUCCAUUUUUUGCUCAUGUUACAGUAUA